UGAGAUUUAUGCAAACAACAGUUAGCUUAUCUAGAGUACAUUUCAAAUACCGGUACAUUGAUUUUGCACAGCCUUGCACGUUAAAUAUCUGUAAUGGAAUCCCUUAGCGAAGGAAAACAAGCUCACAGCUGUUUGAUUAACUAAUGCUGCCAGGAAUGUUCAAGACCUCAGCCGUCAGGUGCCCGCAGGCGGAGGAGGUUCGAGAACUCUGUCGUUCUAUUGGCCUGCGUCUGGACAAGGAGCAGGAUGUUCAGGAUUUUACAGAGCACAUGGCGAAAACAUUCGAAGCUUAUCAGGUGGUCAGCGACUCCGUGGCUCCAACGCUGCUCGUGAAAUACCCCAGGACGCCGGGAUACAGACCCGAACCCAACGAUAAUAAGCACAAUGCUUGGUAUUGGCGAUGCGACAUACCAGGAGCGCCAGAAGGUCUAUUAAAGGGGAAGCGGGUGGGGAUCAAGGACAAUGUGUGCGUUGCCGGCGUACCCAUGCUGAAUGGAAGUAGGCUCCUUGAAGGCUACAUCCCGGAUAUAGACGCCUCGGUGGUGACGCGUAUACUCGAUGCAGGCGGUAGAAUCCUCGGGAAGACCCACUGCGAGCACAUGUGUUAUAGUGGCAGUAGUUUCACAAACGAUACCGGUCCCACCCAGAACCCCGUUGACCCGGAGCGCUCCUCGGGGGGUUCGAGCAGUGGAAGCGCCGUAGCGAUCAAGAACGGCGACGUGGACAUGGCCAUUGGAGGUGACCAGGGCGGGUCGAUAAGAAUCCCGGCCUCCUGGGUUGGCAUUGUUGGACUCAAACCCACAUACGGGCUCGUACCGUACACGGGGGCCAUUUCUUUGGAAACCACAAUUGACCAUCUCGGACCCAUGGCGGCAAAUGUCAAGGAUUGUGCUCUUCUCUUGGAGGCAAUUGCCGGGUAUGACAGCGGGUUAGAUUCACGACAACCAUCAACCAUGACGUGUGGGAAAUAUUCGGAGCUCUUGGAGGUGGAUCUAAGCGGUAAACGCAUGGGACUGUUGGCGGAAGGAUUCGCGGGUUGUGAGCAGGACGUUCAGAACAUCGUCAGGGAAGCAGCGAGAAAGCUCGGCAGACUUGGGGUCAACGUGGAAGAAGUUUCAUUGCCACUACACAAGGAAGGUGUCGCCAUCUGGACGCCUAUCGCUAUUGACGGGGCCUACCAAUGCAUGGUGAAGGGAUUUGGCGUCGGCUAUAUGAGCAAGGGCUACUACAAUGAGUCGCUGAUGAAAAAACUACGGGAGAGUUUCGCCCUAGAUGUCGACAAAGUCUCGGACCCAGUGAAGCUGAUGCUCCUAAUGGGAUCCUACAUGGAGAAAAACUAUGGCGGCCAGUUCUACGCACGCGCACAGAACCUGUGCAUUAAGCUGACACGCGCCUAUGACGCGCUGCUCGAGACGUAUGACGUCCUGGUGAUGCCCACUCUGCCGUACAAGGCCCCAAAGCUGCCCUGUGCUACAUCACGUGUAAGCGAUCGCUUGAAUAAUGCACUUGGUAUGAUCCAAAACACGGCCCCGUUUGACAUCAGCGGCCACCCUGCCAUCUCCAUCAACGCUGGGUUCAGCGAGAAUCUUCCGGUCGGUCUGCAAAUCGUCGGCGCCAAAUUCGCCGACUUGACCGUUCUGCAGUUCGCAGCGGCGCUCGAAAAAUUGAUCAACUGACCUGUUCUUCCUUCAGAUAAACUGAAAUGAAGAUGAGUCGCAUAUUGAAACGGAUAAAUUAUAUUUUAUAAUCGUAGAAUGCAGCGAUACGUAAACAGAGAUUUAUUUAGCGCGUAAUACGUGAAUGUUUUGUUUGAACGACUUUCUCACAACGUUCUCAGUAUCAAACAGAUAAUGUAUUUGUCGAUGCAGGCCAUGUCUAGGGUGUAACAAGUGCCGUUAAAACCAAACAUAUAUCUAAAACAACUGAGUAAAUGUCUAUAAUGAUUUGUGUUUUUGUUUUGAAAAAGAUUACGUUUUUGAAGCUGCGUUUGAACCAUUCAACAUUUAAUUGAAUGUGUCUAUAUAAAGAUGCAAAGGAAUUUUUUUAUAACUUACCACAUGUAGACUUUUCGAAUUCGUGUA